AACGAGAUAUUUUUUUAAUUUUGUUUUCUAUUUAGCGACGGGAAUAUAUUCUACCCUGACCACAGUGACAACUAUGGGGAACAAAUCGUCCUUACCGAGUCCAAGAACGAUGAAGGAGUUACGGGCGGUGUUAUCGGACGAGUACACGAAUGAGGAGAUAUUGGGAUGGUUUGAACAAUACAAGGCAUCCCUAUCGAGGGGUGAGUCAAAGCUUACUAUGGAAGCCUUCAUCAGGGUAUAUAGCAGACUAUUUGAAGGCGAGGCGUCGAACUUCGCUGAACAAGUGUUUCGCGUGUUUGAUACCGACGGCAACGGAGUUGUGGAUUUCAAAGAGUUCAUGAUGGGUAUUUACGUGUCUGGGUCUCCACUAGAGGAAGACAUGAAGCUGGAUUGGGCCUUUAAGAUGUACGAUAUGAACGGGGACGGCUACAUCACCAAAGACGAGAUGAAAUUUAUGUUCACGUCUAUUUGUCGCAUGACAUUAGCGCAGAUUUCGGGAAAUAAUUCAACACCGGAAGAACUAACCGACUACUUCUUUGAGCGUUUCGAUGAGGAUAAUGACAACAGAAUCAGCAACAAGGAGUUCGUCUCGCGAGCGAGGAACCACAGGGAGAUAAUACACAUGCUAGAGAUCAACCCGUGUCCAGAUGAUUAAAUACGCUCUCAUCCCAUUUACUAAACAUUGACCUUUCGAUUCAUUUACCGUGGAGCUUCGUUAAUCCAGCCACUGUGUCAUUAAGAAUGGAAGCAUGACCACUCUCGUUUUUUUUUCGUGGUAGUCUUUGGGAGAUAUUAUUUAUCAAGUUUGUCCUCUUUUUUCCGAUCGACUCCGAAGUAGGUCAGUGACAUUUAGAGAAAUAAUUCUCAAAGUUCCUCAUCCGCCCCUCCCAGAGUCUUUGGCGAUGCUUUAUUGCCAUAACGUAUAUCUCCUGGUCAUGAGCAUUACGGUUUUGACGAAGAAGUUGUUCUUGACAGCAUGGAGAGCAGCUAAAACUUACUGCUCUAUGGUACAGACCUUCGUUUAAUAUCAUGCACCUAAUGAUAUGAGUUAUAGAUAAACAAUGCAAUAAAAGAGGAAAAUAUAAUGUGAUAUUAUGAUUAACAAAAAAGUACAUCACAACAAAAACUAUGAUUCCUAAUCUGAGUUUGGGAACGAUAUUGAUUAGGAGAUCGCGUGUGUAUACCCGAUUGUAUGUACAGUGUAAUAUAAAGACUAAUACUGCACAAUCACUGGUAAUAACACUGCCGUGAAUGAGACAGGUUCACUUUGAACAAUCCGGAAUGUGUGGUUAAACAAUUAUGUCUCAAUAAACUGUUAGUGAUUUGUAGAACUGAACAUACUGCUAAUUUGUAAUGAUAACAUCUAUUCCUCGAAACAGCUUCAUUGUGUGUGGCGAAUAGUGGCAAUGAUUGGUUUUGUUUUCACUGCAGAUUUUUUAAUAAUGCUUAGUUAAAUACAAUAGUUAUAUUUU